AUGCUUCUCAAACACUUUCUCCUGGGCGCACUUCUUGCCCUGAGCUCCGUCGCUGCACUUCCCAACCCCGAAGCCGACCUUCACGACGUCGAGGCCAGGGAUGACAAUGACGAGCACGGACACCACCACUUCCAUUGCCCUAAGGAUGCCUUCCCUACCGGUAACAGGAAGAAGCCGUGCGUCUGCAAGAACCCAAAGGAGAGGUUUGAUAAGGAUUCCAACAAAUGCGUCUGCAAAGACGGCUUGGAACGGAAGGACCAUAAGUGUGUCUGUAAGGACAAGAAGAAGGAGUUCAGGGACGGCAGAUGCAGAUGCAAGGACGGCAUGCGGGAGGACAGAUGGGGCAAAUGCAGGUGCCCUAAGCACAGGCAUUGGGACGAAGAUGAGCAGAGGUGCAAGCGUGACCACGAUUACUGA